UCUCUCUCUCUCUCUGUGAGGAACACAAUCAGUGUGCACCUGUCCAUCCGAGCGUCGUCUCUCUGCGGAGUGUGUUGUCUCCCAGGUGGAUUUUUCCACCCAGACGGACACCUGCCGUGAUUACACUUACACACACACACACACACACACACACACACACACACAGACCCUGCGCCACCUCCCUCCUCUUGCGGAGCUCACUGGAGCGUGUGUGAGUGUGUGAGUGAGUGUGUGAGUGUGUGUGUUUGUGGACUAUGCCCUGCCGAGAGAAGAGGAGGGAGCGGGGCUGAGAGCGGAACCCUGGAGCGGAACCCUGGAGCGGAACACCCCGCACGGACCAACGGUUCUCUAGGCAGACCCACGGCACCACAGGAUAUUACUGAAGAUGCAAACUUCAACUGCCCAGCCCGUGACCAACUUCACCACAGCGUUCCAGAACACCACGUCCACCACCAAGUCCCAGGAGCAGAUCCUCACCCAGAGUUCUGGAGCCAUGAUAGCUCUCAUCGUCAUCGGCAUCAUCAUCAUUCUCACCAUCUUACUCAUCAUUCUCAAGACGUACAACAGGAGAACACAUACGUCGAGGAUGAUGGCAGGCGUUGGAGGCUCCAAAGCUCGUAAAAAGUCGCCCUACUCGACCCAAACGAACAUCAAUAUGAGUCACCUUGGACCCAGCUCGGUGUCUGGGAGUUUCGUCCAAUCACCUGGCCCGUCAGAGAAUGGCUUCCGUCUCCCGCGGGUGGACUUGGCCAGUGUUGACCACAACAACAUGGACCAGCAGAGCACGGCUAGCGGCUCGACGGUUGUCACCGUACACGACGCGCCCUCCAUAGAGAACACGUAGGGGCGGCAGCUGUCACAGCCAGAGCCUGAAACAGACUUCAGAACCGGCGUGUAUGUCGUCAUACCACAAGGAACGGAAACAACACCACCUCGAUGAACAAAGCAGAUCCCUAGGCCUACUGAACGCUUCGGCGAGGCAGUCACCAAACUGUACAAUCAGCAUAGAUAUAUUGACCUUGGCGGAUCUUUAGAUGUUACCACCACAGGUAAAGGGCCGGAUGCACCCAUGAACGGAUAGAUCCAUGAACCGUUCAGGUAUGGGGAAUCGCGCGCCAGGAAGGUCGCGCAGGUUUCCAAAUGGCUGCCCCAGAAUUAUCCCAGGCCUACACGCGCCCCUCGAGGCUCGAGCAUUCGGUGUGACGGAAUACGACUGGAAGACGAACUCAGAAUGUUGAGCGGGUAGAGAGAAGCAGGCUGCGCGCAGCCAUGUCGUGUCUUAAUUCAGCAGAUGAUUUUGCACUGGCCGUUACUGUUCUUGUGAUUGUUGUGACAUGUCUUUCAUGAACCUUAAUUGAAUGUGAAUCUUUCCUUUAUUUUGAUUUAACACUAAAAGUAUGGUGUAAGAAAAAAAUAUUUAUUUUUUGUAAACUCUUUUAUUUAUUUGACUGAUUUCAUCUUCAGGAAAUUAUUCAUAACAUAUAAGCCGUGAGGCUGCGCUUCAAUAUUAGCGCAAUUAGAAUGUGGAAUCACAUCAAAGUUUUAUAAAGUCCACAAGGCCAUAGCUUAGGCUACCAUGAUAUCCAUGAUGAUCUGUGUCAACCUCUGGGCCGUCCAUUUCCAAUGUUGCCCAGUUAGCCUACUGAACACAUCUUAGGCUACAUGUAAUAUCUCCCAAUAUGCCAAAACACUGAUCAUUCAACGUUUAAAAAUCUUACCAUAUCUUAAUUCAUCUCUAUGUGAUUGAUCAAAGUUUCUUUUCUUGGUUAUACAUGGAUAGGCUGUAUCAUUCUUGAGUUUAAUGUGAAUGCUCACCUACUGUAAACAUAUUUUAAUAAAUUCUUAUUUCCACGUUCUGAA